CAAAACGAACAGAACUUUGUAGUUUUUUUGUUGUAUUGUUUUGUUUACGUUUAGUUGCAGAAAAGAAACAGCAAAGCACUCAUAAUUUAAACAAAUUCGUUUGGAAUCGCAAAUUUAUUUUGGAGCGGAAAUAUUUGCCGAAAGUGCUGAAAGAGUUAAAUUGGUUGAAACUGUUUUACAAUUUCGUUAUAAAGCUCCUACCCGCAAGAGUGCUUUAGCUUUCUGGAGUACACAGCCUUGUUUUCUUCACAUUUGUUAUCGUCGCACGUGUUAGCUGUAAACAGCUGUUCGUUAAAAAUCACAAUUUCUUUUCAAUUCAUUUAUUAAAAAUGACAAAGGUUGUAAAGAAAAAGGAUAAACGAAAAUCCGCAUCCUAUAAAAAGUUAUCUCGUAAAGAACUACGGAAGCAAAAACUGCAAAGCAAAAAGGAAAACAAGCGUUUGUUUUUCUCCAAUAAAACGAAUGGUGCUGCAUUAGUGGCCGAUGCUAAGGCAGCAGCAAAUUCACAAAAAUCUAAGAAGGCAAAGAAAAGGAAAACCAAAAAGACUACCAAAGUUGUAUCGCCCGAAGAUUUACCCAUAGAGGAAUUGCUUUCUGGAAAAGUAGAUUCUGAUAAUGAUGAAUCCAUCGCUUCAGACUUCUCGGAUGAUGAAGUCAGUGCACGCAUUCCAGCGAACAUGGCAAAACAAGAAAAGCCAAUACAAAAUCAGAAGAAGAAAAAACAGCAACCUACACGGCCUGAUGCUGAGGAACAACGGCGGCGCGUGUUGAAACAACAGAAAGAUUUGGAGAAUGUGGCACGUAAACAACGACUGAAACAACUGAAAGUUGAAAAUGAAGAAGAAGACCGUUUAAUUUCCAAGUUAGAAAAGAAGUUGAAACUUAACAAGACUAAGGACAAAAAUCGCUUGGUGCGCAAAAUGUUUAGCGACGGCUUAGAUUAUGCCUUGGAGUUCUGUCUAGAUGAUGAAGAGGAGAAGCGCAAACGCGAGCUGAAAGAAAAGCGAAAGGAAGAACUACAAAGGCAGAAUGUCAGUGGCUGGAGUGAUGAGGAGGAAUUUGAUGACGAAGGUGAUGAAGAUUUAUUAGGCGGUGCAUUAAGUGAUGACAAUAGUGAAAGUGGUGAAGAUGCUUACAAAGAUGACGACGACAACGAAGCUGAUAGUAAUGUUGAGGAUGAUGUGGAAUUUGACGAAGAAAAUACAGAAGAUCAACUAAAGGAAGACAUUUACGGCAGAAAACGUGAUAAAGAUGGAAACAUUAUAAAAACUUAUGUUGAGCCAAAGCCUGAUGCGCAACAGCCACAAAAAUAUAUACCGCCUCAUCAACGUGCUUUGCUCGUUGCCACACAGAAUGACAACAAACAGUCACAGCUGCUGGAACGAUUGCGUAAAAAUUGUAAGGGUUUGCUAAAUCGUCUCUCUGAGGCUAAUCUGCAUAAGAUCGCCAAUGGCAUUGAGGAGUUGUACAUGAAAAAUUCUCGCUAUAAUAUGAAUGAAACGCUUGGUGCCCUCUUACGGGAGGCAUUACUUGGUCGCACUAUAACGAAUGAGCGUAUGGUGCAGGAACAUAUGGUGCUUUUGGCCUAUCUACAUGCGCAAGUAGGCAAUGAAAUUGGCGCUCAUUUUCUGCAAAUGUUCAUAGAACAAUUUAACACACUUCUAACAGAGAUUUUCACGCUCGCCGUAGAAGAUAAGAAAUUGAACAAUUUAAUUUUAGUACUCGCAUACAUAUAUAUUUUCAAAAUAUAUGAACAUCGUUUGCUACUGGAAAUAAUCGGUCGACUGUCCGAUAACUUGUGUGAAAAAUCAAUUGAGUGUCUACUACUUAUCUUCCAGUCCGUGGGCUUCAAAUUGCGUAAAGACGAUCCACUUGCCUUUAAGGAAAUGAUGUUGAGUGUGCAGCGCAAAAUCGCAGAAGCACCAUUGGAACUGAAAGAGAAUUUGCGUCUAAAAUUCAUGGUUGAUAUUUUGAAUGCCGUUAAAAAUAAUAAUAUCAAUAAAAUACCACAAUUCGAUCCGGAGCUGGCGGAGAAUCUGCGCAAACGGCUAAAAGCUAUGUUGCGCAAUGACAAAUAUGUGACGACACUCAAUAUUACCAUGGAUGAUUUACUGCGCGCAGAUCAAGUGGGCAAAUGGUGGGUGGUGGGUUCAGCAUGGAGCGGUAACAUCGAUGAUAUCAAUUCGGCGUCAAAACAAAAGAUAGAUGAAGGCAUUGUUGCUGGACAACGUUUCUCAGAAAAACUACUUAAACUGGCAAAACAGCAGAAAAUGAAUACCGAGGAACGUCGAAACAUAUUCUGUAUUAUAAUGGGUGCUGAGGACUAUGUUGAUGCUUUCGAGAAAAUAUUGCAUUUGGCAUUGAAAGAUCAACGUAGUAUUGCUUAUGUGAUUAUUCACUGCUGUUUGAAUGAGAAACGUGCUAAUCCAUAUUAUGCGCAUCUUGCGCUUAAGUUCUGUCACUACAACCGCAAAUUUCAAUUGGCUUUUCAGUUCGCCACUUGGGAUCGUAUCAAUGACAUGGAAUCGCUAAAUAAGUUGCAAGUGAAGAAUUUAGCGAAAUUCCUACAACAUUUAAUAUUAAAUGGCGGAUUACAGUUGUCCGUGCUGAAAGUUGUUAACUUUUUACAGCUAGACAAGAUAAGCUUUGUUUUCAUGAAGGAAAUAAUGGUCGGUUUGCUAAUGAGCGAGCGUGAUAGUGAAAUCUAUCAGGCAUUCGAACGUGUUGCCAAAAAUACAAAACUCACACAAUUUAAGAAUAGCAUACGCUUGUUCAUACAACAUUUCCUACUGCAAGAGGAGAGCAAACUUAAGUUGAGUGAAGAACAACUGAGUCAUUUAAAGAAACGUGCAGACUAUGUUGAUAACAUACUUGCAUAUGUGGACUUGUAAUUUUGUAUAGUUAAUUUUAACAAAUAUAUA